GGCCUUGGUACUGCUCCGCUCCCGCCCACACCUCCAGGUGUGCUUUUCCCUCCCUUAAUCACUCUCACUAAAAUUGAUAGUUUGCACUUGCAAAGUUUCACUGGGAAAGCGGAAGAGAAAUUUAUAAUCAUGGAUCUGGAGGACUGGGGGAGCAGAGCGCCACACUUGCUUUGAUCUGCGUGCAGCUCAUGUCAGUUGAUAAAUCAGAACCAGAACACACACCUUUAUAGCAGCCUCCAAUCUAGACUGCGAUGGGAGAAACUUUGCAACUUCUGGAAAGUUUGGAAACUGCGCCAAAACUGCUCCGAAAGUUUUGCGGGCCCCACCAUGUUUCCCAGAGUGUUUCAAGUGGGAAAGAGAAACGUGAUAAAAUGAAAAUGCAACGUGAGGGGGAGCUCACCGGAAUCCCACAAAGCUGUGGCGACCAAGGGUCCCCACUUCGUCUAGCAUGACUGUGAUUUGAUCAGCAGCCACAAGAAUUGGCUCCUGUGUCUGGCACUGGAGUGCUGGGGCCUGAUCACUGCUCACAGCUCUAGAGCUGUCAUGGCUACUGCGUCUACGGCAACCUCUGUCAUUUCACAGCCCCAGUUCACAGCCAUGAAUGAACCACAAUGCUUCUACAACGAGUCUAUCGCCUUCUUUUAUAACCGGAGUGGAAAGUAUCUUGCCACAGAAUGGAACACAGUCAGCAAGCUGGUGAUGGGACUUGGAAUCACUGUCUGUAUCUUCAUCAUGUUGGCCAACCUUUUGGUCAUGGUGGCUAUCUACGUCAACCGUCGCUUCCAUUUUCCUAUUUAUUACUUAAUGGCUAACCUGGCUGCUGCAGACUUUUUUGCUGGGCUGGCUUACUUCUACCUAAUGUUCAACACAGGACCCAACACUCGGAGACUGACUGUCAGCACAUGGCUCCUUCGUCAGGGCCUCAUUGACACCAGCCUGACAGCUUCUGUGGCCAACUUACUGGCUAUUGCAAUUGAGAGACAUAUUACAGUUUUCCGCAUGCAGCUCCACACGCGGAUGAGCAACCGGCGAGUGGUGGUGGUCAUUGUGGUCAUCUGGACGAUGGCCAUUGUCAUGGGUGCUAUACCCAGUGUGGGCUGGAAUUGUAUUUGUGAUAUUGAGAAUUGUUCCAACAUGGCGCCCCUCUACAGUGAUUCUUACUUAGUCUUCUGGGCCAUUUUCAACUUGGUGACCUUUGUGGUAAUGGUGGUUCUUUAUGCUCACAUCUUUGGGUAUGUUCGCCAGAGGACUAUGAGAAUGUCUCGGCAUAGUUCUGGACCCCGGCGGAAUCGGGAUACCAUGAUGAGUCUUCUGAAGACUGUGGUCAUUGUACUUGGUGCCUUCAUCAUCUGCUGGACUCCAGGACUGGUCCUGUUACUACUGGACGUGUGUUGCCCACAGUGCGAUGUGCUGGCCUAUGAGAAAUUUUUCCUCCUCCUUGCUGAGUUCAACUCUGCCAUGAACCCCAUCAUCUACUCCUACCGAGACAAAGAGAUGAGCGCCACCUUCAGACAGAUCCUCUGCUGCCAGCGCAGUGAGAGCACCAACGGCCCUGCGGAAGGCUCUGACCGCUCGGCUUCCUCCCUCAACCACACCAUCCUGGCUGGGGUUCACAACAAUGACCACUCUGUGGUUUAGAAAGGAAGCUAAGACGAGGAGCCAGCUGUCUUCUAUGGAGGGAUGGACAGUCUCUCCCCACCCAGUUUCUAGGGCAGAGUGGGGAGCAAGAGAGGAGAGAGAGACACUUGUGUACUUAAACACUAACCAACGGCAGUAUUUGAUCCUAGACCCCAGGAGACUUGAUAUAUCCGGAAAAUUAGCUUAUGUGAUAACCCUCAUCCCGAUCCCCUUCCUUCUGAAAACAGAAAGUGGAGUUCUUGUGGUGGAAUUCAGGAAUAGACUCUGGAGUGUCUAUGUAAACAACACUAAUUAGACGUUAAAAGAUUUUGCGUGGUUUGGUGCAAGUCAGAAUAAAUUCUGACUAAUUGAGUCCACAAGUUCAUUUACAUACAGGCUUCCCUUUUUUAUUUCUUAAGGAUAAAUUUCUUUUAGUAAAUAUGUUUAUGCCGACCAGUAUGUUUGUGAUGGAUAAAGCAAUAGACUUAAAUUACCACAAUUUCAAUUUGUUCCUCAUGUAGGAAAUCUGUAAAUUAGAAUUAUUUUUUUGGAAAGCAUGCAUGUAAUAUAUGUAUGCGGCAUGCUUUACUUAAGAUUAAAAAAUACUAAUUUUAAAUCUUCUAGGAAAUAGAAGAAGCUAGUUUUCAAAAGCAGUAUUUGUUUAGGCUCUGAAAGAAACAAUGCCUGUACUCACAAUGUUACAUUUUUAUUAAAGUGUUAUAACAAGCAGAAAAUGAAAACUUUGUUACUGAAAGAAUAUGUACCCUAAAAAGGCUAUAGAAAAUGAAGCACAUUGAUCAUUUUCCUGCAAUUUAAAAUACCUAAGUACAUGGUUAUUGCCAGUACAUCAGAGGAUGUUUUUAAUAGCCUGUGUUUUUCCAAGUUAUAAAAUAACGCAUACUUACUGUAGAAAACUUGAAAAUUGCAGAAAUGUGUUAACAAGAAAAAAUGAUUGCCAAUAAUACCACAACCUAGAAGUAACCAUUUUUAACAGCUUCCCUCAUGUAUAACUGAAUGUAUAUUAUAUACUUUGUUACAUAAUUGGGAUUAAACUGUAAACAGUUUUUAGCUAGUUUUUUUUUGGCAUUAAAUUUUUUACAAAAAUGAUAAUUUUAGUGGCUAUAUAAUAUUCCAUUUGAUGGAUGCAACUCAGUUCAUUUACCCAUUCCCAUAUCAUUGAAUAGGUUAUUUCUAAUUUUCACUAUUAUUGUUUCAGACAUUUUGUGUACAUACGUCUUUGUCCAUAUAAUUGAUUAUUUACUUAGGAACCUAUUCCUAUGAACGAUUUUUUAAAAAAAAAAUGUGAAAUGGCUUCUUAGCCUUUUACCUUUUAUAAAAAGGGAUUUCCUGCUAUUGCGCUGUGUAGGUGGCAGUUGUAAGGAAAACCAGUAAAAUUACCUUUAUACAAAAGAAAUGCAGUGGUUACUUUAGUUGAGAGUGACUUUUUAAUAUAAUAAAAUGAAUUAGAAAUAGUCCAUUGUCGUAAUAACUAAAACACCCUAAUAUAUCUAGCAAUUCCAUUUUUUCGUUAGGUUAGCUAGCCACAGCUAUAAUAAAGAAGAAAUUUUUGAAGGAAAUACAACGAAAUCAAUCAAGCCAACUGAAUAAAAGAUCAAUGUCUUACAUGUCUUGGGGUCCUUCUGUAGCAAAGGGAUUGAAUGUAUCAGUAUGUGCCUGGCUAACACGUGUUCUUUAGGAAUUACCCCUGAUGAGUUGUUGCCACAUCAGGUGACACGGUGUUUGAUGCAUGGCCCAGGGGAAUACUGACUGAAUCAGUGUCUUGCAACAUGUAGUGAGGAAAUAACAGAGUUUUGAGGCAAGUUUGGGCAGGUCAGCAGAAUGUCUAAAAGAAAGAAAUCUUGAGGAAGGGUGGCGGUCUAGGGAGUAGAAAGUUUUUAUGUGAUUAGGUUUUGCACAGAGGGUAGACUUGUAAGAGGCCCAUGAUGCAAAGGAUGUAGCAAGCCAGUUAGUAGAAGGCUGUUUGCACACCAUUUGUACAAAACACAGAACCUUUUAUACUGGAUGUUAAAGAAAAGAUGGUGGACUUUAAUCGAUAUGCCUAUUUUUAUGGAGGAGAUACGGAUGAUUGGAAACUCAAAGGUGACUAAUUGGACCUUAAUAAAUCAUUCUCAAUCAA